GCGCCGCGCCCGCCGCGCUUGACCAAAGAAGCCACGCCGCGCCGCGCCCGCAGCCGCUCCCCGACAACAGGAGGCUUCCCUCGCGAGCCACCUCGCUCCUCCUCCGUCUCCCGCUCUGCCGCGACACGGCCAGCCCCCGCCGCGAAAGCCGGCCGCCCUACCCUAAACCCUAAACCCUCCCGGCCCGCCCCGGCUCGGAAUGCAGCCCUCGCCGGGUCCCCCGCCGCUCCCGGCGGCCGCGUCGGUGUCGGCGGAGCUCACGCGCUUCGAGGCGCAGCUGGACCAGUCCGCCGACCAGUGGGCGCGCGGCCAGCUCGCGGAGCUCGGCGACGCCGCGGCGGCCAGGGUGCUCCGGAAGGUCGCGGAGACCGGCGCCCGGGUGCGGAACCUGUCCGCCUUCAUCAAGUGGCUCGCCAAGCAGGAGGCCAUGCAGCGCAACGCCGAGGGGGUCCCCACCGCCGAGAGCGCCGCGUGCAGCUCCGGCCCCUUCCGCGCCUCCCCGCAGGCCAUUUAUCAAACGGAGGAUUCCAUAUCAGGACCAUUCUACCAAGAUGACAUCCAAAUGGAGGUUCAGAGCCCUGAUGGUGUGAUGGCCUUUGGUCUUUCGAACCAGGCAAGGAUCGUGCCUAUGAGCUCUGUCCGCCAGAGCCCCGCCAGGACAAAUGCUUGUACUGUUCCAGAAAUAGUCGAAAUGGAGGUUGAGAGCCCACCGGGUUCGAACUCUCCUUGCUUGCAGAAUCAGUACCCUUUUUCAGCAGUGGCUUCUCCAAUAGCAAAUCCUGGAGGAAUGGGGGCUGGGUGUAUUGAGUAUCAGAUGCCUGAUAGUCCUUCCCGGGUUCUCACCCCAAGCCCUGUUUGGGAUAUUACAACGCGUAUUCAGCAAAUGGAUGGCCUAUCAGGAAGGAUAGGGAUCAGGACACCACCUUCUGUUGCCUCUUGGAAUUCUUUGAGGGCAAUAGCAAGCCCUCAAAUGUUUGCACUGGGGGAGUUAGAGUUUGAUCGAUUUUUCCUCAUACGCGUGUACCUAGCAGACAAGAAGAUAGAAGAAGUACUAGAGGAUGUAAAUUAUAUAAGAUAUUUGAAGUCACUGCCCAUGGAUUGCUUCGAAUCAGAAAUCUGGAACAAAUUUGGAAAGAACUAUGUACUAGCUUCAGAUAGAAGAAAGAAUCUUGAUUGGGACCCGAACAAGACAAGACUGUACCACUGUAAUGUCGAGAAACGGGAUGAUACCAUAGCUUAUAUCUUUGGUCCAUAUGUGGAGAAUACAAGGACUCAUCUGCAGAAAAUUGUUGGUGACGACAAUGUUCUUCUUGUGAAGUUUGCAGAUAUACCUGAUCUUUAUGAAUCUGGAGAAAUCGCUGUUCAAGAUGGGGAAAGUUUGAUUCAUACUGACGGGACUGGCUUAAUAUCAGUAGAUUUAGCUAGAGAAUGCCCCACCAGCAUCUUCAAGGGAAACUUCCUUAAGUCCAAAUUUGAAAUAAAUUCAAAAUGCCCUGCAAACUCACCUUUAUUGUUUUCUAUAGCUGUUGGAGUCCUUUCCUUUUGGUUAACAUUUCACCGUCAGUUUGUUUUGUUGCAUCGUUUCAGCAAUCGGCCUAGAAGGGCCUUGACAUCAAGGUUCUUAAUUUCACUACUUAACUAUUGCCGGGUUCCAACAGAGUAUUUUGUGGAGCUUCUAAGGAAGGCACUGGAAGAUGUCAAUAAAGCUCGUCAUAAACCUAGAGAUUCGCUGGAAGUUGCAUUUAACCAUGCGGACCUGGAUGAUUCAAUGUCAGCACGAAUGAUUCUUUCUGGAAUUCAAUCAGAAGAUGAAGCGCAUUUGCAAUACCAGCUAGCUCUAAUGACCAAGGAGGAAAGAAAAGGACUCAAACAAGGAAGGAUCCCUAUAGAUGAAUGCUAUUAUCUGAUGGGCACAACAGACCCGACGGGGACUUUGAAACGGGACCAAGUUUGCGUUAUACUUGACAACGGCCAGCUUUCUGGAAAGGUUCUUGUCUAUAAACAUCCUGGAUUACUUUUUGGCGAUAUACACGAAUUGACUGCAACAUAUAUUGAUGGUUUAGAGAAUAUCGUGGGAAAUUCCAAAUAUGCCAUAUUUUUCCCCACUUGUGGACCACGAUCUUUGGCUGAUGAAAUGGCAAAUAGCGAUUUUGAUGGCGACAUGUACUGGGUCUCAAGAAACCCACUGUUAUUGGAGUGCUUCAAACCACGUAAACCAUGGGUUCGAAGAAUAUCACCGAGAAAGACUGAUCAGAAGAAGCCUCAGGAUUAUCUUGGAUCCAAGUUGGAAUGCAUGUUAUUCCGCGAAUAUUUGAGAGCUAGAUUUACACCCAGUUAUGUCCUGGGUGCAGCUGUAAAUUGUUGGCUGGCAUAUAUGGAUCGGCUCUUGACAGGCGGCAUUCCUAAGAGUGAGCGGAAAGAAAUAAAGAAGAAGAUGCUUGACUUGGUUGACAUUUACUAUUUGGCUUUGGAUGCAGCGAAGUCAGGGAACAAGAUCACUGUUCCUGAAGAGCUGAUGGUCAAGCAGUACCCACACUUCAUGGAACGAUAUCCUGACUACCAUUCGGCAUCUGUGCUGGGCAAAAUCUAUGAUGAAGUAAAAUCACAAGAGUCUGAAGCUGAUCCUUCAAUCAAGAUAGUGCCCCUGCAAUGCUUCACCGAGGUAGCAGUAUCUGAAGAUUACAAGCGCCGUUGGACAUCUCUUUAUCAGGAGUACUUGAGGGAGAGCUCUAAACUUUGUAAGCUGGAGGACAAAGCGGAGAGGAACAUCAAUUUCCACGAACUCUACCAAGAGUACAAGUGGAUGCUGUACAAGGCCGAGGAGUUUGAGUACAGCCCGAGGGAGCGCUUCGAUCUCACUGUGCUUCCAGCUUCACAUACCGGUGGCCAUAGAUACAUGGUUCAAAAUUACCACUAUUGCAUAGCAAUAUGCAGAGUAUUCGGACCACCUGACUUCUUUGUCACAUUCACAUGUAACUCCAAUUGGCCAGAAAUGUUUCUUGGAAUUCUUGAACCAGGGCAAAAACCAAGUGAUAGGGCAGAUAUAAUUGUUCGGGUAUAUAACAUGAAACUAGAGGAAAUGUUGGAAGACAUUAGAAAUGGGAAUAUUUUUGGGACUGUUGUUGCAGUCCUCCACACUGUUGAGUUCCAAAAACGUGGAUUACCUCAUGCACAUAUUAUUUUCUGGGUUUCUGAGGAUACUUCUACUCCAACAGCAGCUUUUAUCGAUAAUUUUGUUAGUGCUGAAAUUCCUGACCCAAAUGAAGAUCCUCUGCUAUAUACUCUUGUUGCUGAACAUAUGAUUCAUGGUCCUUGUGGGCCUGAUAACCCAAAAUCUCCUUGAAUGAAGAAUGGAAAAUGCU